GGUAGCUUAUCUAUGUAUUACAAACCCUCUAUAUCCGAUCUCGUCAUCAGGAUCAAGCCACCAUUCUGAUUUUCCAAGCAAAUGUGCUUGACCUUGAAUUUCAACAACACAGGCUCUUUUGGUGUCACAAUUUGCCCUAACAUCAGUAUUCACAAUCUUGGCUUUGAAGGUAGAACCAAUGAUGGACUCGUUCACGAAAAUGUGGUCGCGUGAAAUCCGACCCUUCAAGUAUAGCAAACCUGUUCUUCCAGCUGUUCCUGAGCCGCAAGGAGAUCUGUCUAUUUGCUUGUGGCCUAGCACCAAAACAGAUAUCUGGUCGGGUUUUGUUUCAUCUGUCGGAUUCUUUUGUAUUACAUUAACGAAAUCAACUCCGUGUAGGCCUUUAAUCUGAGGGAACUCCUUGCUGGAGAUGUCCAACCCGAUUUUUUGUAUUUUCUCCUUAAUCUCACCGCCCAGUUCGAUAAUGCGACUUGAAUUCUCAGGUUUCACUUCAAGAACAAUUGGAUCAAGCUCUGCAAAAAAGUUAAAUGCCCCAUUAAAAACGAUGUCUCCUGUAAUCGGGCCCAUGGAGGAAUUGACUGUCAAGUUCUCGUAAAGGAUCCAAACAGGGGUGUUACGGAACCUUACAUACUCAACCUUUUGGCCAGUCCAACAAGCCUCUGUUUCGAGUAUGCCGACGGUAGUUUCGAGUCUAACUGACAUCAAAUCUGGCUUUAGUCUGUAAUGGUCAUCAGGCAACUUGCGUAGCUGGAUUAAGAGAGUGACAAUCGCAAUGAUUCCGUGGCCACAUUGGUCUGUAUAGCCACUAGGAUUCAUAAAAAGGACGGCAGCAUCACCAUUUUCGAUUGGAUCUAGGAGAAACCCUCCAAACAUGUCGUAAUGUCCUCUUGGCUCCCUCAUCAGCGAUAGUCUUAUAUAGUCAUGCUCCCGCUCUAGACACGUCCUUUUCUCCAGAAGAGUUUUGCCCGGCAGGCUGGGAAGUCCUCCUAUGACAACCCGGAAAGGCUCCCCACAAGUGUGUGCUUCCACUGUUGUGAUUGUGUGCAUUGGGGUUCUCAAACAAACAAGAAAAAAAAAUCUUUUACUGGGCCGUGGUGCUCGGCUUCCCCGAGUUCUCUUAUCACGCGAAAUGCAAAUUUCUGCGUUUGUGUAAGCCUCACUUAUGCCAAAAAAAUCAGAAUAAUCAUUAUUUGGCGAACACAAUGGUCGCGCUCCCCAAACCAGAUUUUGAAAGGCCUUGCAAACAUUGCAAGGCAAAAAAGUGUCCGACAAGCUUCCCAAAGUGUCUAAGAUGUGAAAAAGCCAACCUUGACUGCAAUAUCGCAGAAGAGGUGGGGUAUAGUCACAAGACAGUUGAACCUAUUAUAAGACAGCUUGAACAAUCAAAGAAGGACAGCCUGAUUGAAAACGUGGCUCAUGAAGUUGGAAGCCUGGUGGUCACAAAUAACCUUAAUUCAGGAAAAUACAUUGGAGCAGCAACGGGCCUCAACUUUGCUCGUUUGUUUCUAAAACAGUUGGACCUGAAAAAUAAUCUGGACAAACCUAAUACCAGCGACUUCGAGAAUUUUGACCUCGAAGUCACCCAGUCUUGUGCAGCCUUACCUUCAUUACAGAUGUCCAAGUUCUUAUUGCAGAAAUAUAUUGACACGCUACAAAUCUAUUAUCCAGUGCAUAACAUACCUCAAUUGCUCUUGUUACAGACAAAUAUCUAUGAGCGCCCGCAGGAAAUAUCACGUUAUGAAAAAUAUACUUUCUUCAUGAUCAUGGCAAUUGCGUCACAGAAACUUACACAUGCUGAUGCGAUACGAAACCCCUUCACCCCCAAUGAGUAUUACAACACUGCUUCUAGAUAUUUGGAGAACAUAUUAGGAAAUCGGUCUGAAAAAUCUCUCCAGGCUCUUCUCUUGCUAGUCAUAUGGAAGCUAGAGGCAGACGCUUUAGAAGACGAUAAUGGAGAUCUUUGGUACCUGAGUCGGUUUUGUAUGUCCCUCGCCAUGGAGCUAGGGGUUCAUCGUUAUAACCCCACAUGGAGUUUUGGCGAGGAGCGCGACGAGCAACGAAACAGGUUAUUUUGGUGCUCAUAUAUAGCCGAUCGAACGGUUGCUAUGAAGUUCGGACGAGGGCUUUCUCUAAGAACUAAAGCUAUUGAUACCCCUUUGCCAAAACUUCUCAAAGACGAUCACAUCAUUAAUUUGAGCACUUCAUAUAAUGAAGUGCAAUUGCUACCAAGCAUCAUGCUUAUUAAAAUCUCAGAAAUUGCUGGAGAUAUGUUGGAAAGUGUUUACAUCUCUAGGACCCCUGGAAGUCAACCUCCUCUUGACGAUGAAGAGAUUCAAUCCAUUCGAUCCGAGCUGCAAGCUCGACUGGACAUCUGGAUGAAACAAGUGGAGAUAGAAGUACCAAACAAUCUCAUAUGCUACCACGAGCUCAAAGUACGGUACUGUGUUUUCUCCAUUGUUUUGAAUAGACCUUCGCCUUCUUUUCCGUUGCCGGAUGGAGCCGCGAUUCAACUGUGCAAAGAGAAAUGUAUUCUAGGGGUGGAAUGUUACAACUCCUUAAUUGCGAGCGGCUGGAAAGUGACCCCCACAUGUUUACACGACGUUCUUGCAAUUGGACUCACCAUGAUUUAUUGUUGCUGGAGACUCGAAUCAAAUCCGACGGAUAUAAAUAACUUUUCUGGGAGAUUGUUGAAGAUCAUGCAAGAAGCCUGUAUCUAUUAUCCCAAAUACGCGAGAUUCAAGUCAUUAUAUGAAACAGUUUCGGGUGCAAUCGCAGAGCAAUUAGAUACAGAAUCGAAGACCAAGAGAAGAACAGACCCAGGAGCUAGACUAAGCAUAGAUCCGCACAAUCAGCUGGAAUGGAAUGAGGGAACACCAACCAAGGGUUACUUUGUGCCAAAUGAUUUGAUGGUUGAGUACUAUUCCCAAAGAGCUACUUCAGGAGGACUUCUGAUCAGUGAAGGAUGUGCUAUUUCAAUCACUUCCUGCGGCUACUCCGGUGUUCCUGGUAUCUGGGCCGACGAUCAGGUUGUAGGAUGGAAAAAGAUCACUCAAGCUGUCCACGCCAAAGAGGCCUUUAUCUCCUGUCAGUUGUGGCAUGUUGGUAGAGCCACCACUGCUCUAGAACUUCAUGGUAUUCAGCCUAUCUCUUCGACUUCUACACCACUGAAGGGUACCUUCAUGAUCAAUGGGUUGGAGUUCAAGGACUUCCCUCCAAGAAAGAUGCAUGGCGACGACUUCCAAAAUGUUAUUAGCGAUUACGUUAAUGCCGCCAAAAAUGCUGUUGCUGCAGGAUUUGACUUUGUUGAGGUGCAUUGUGCCAACGGGUAUCUGCUGGACCAAUUUUUAAUGGACAAUAUCAACACCCGUGAUGACGAAUAUGGCGGAAGCAUUGAGAAGCGUGCCAGAUUCCCAUUGGAGGUUAUCAAAGCUGUUGCUGAUGCAAUUGGUGCCUCUAAGGUUGGUAUUCGCUUUAGUCCUUACGGAAACUUCCAGGACUGCUACGACACUGACCCUAACACACACUGGUCGUAUGUGUGUGAACAGAUAGCACAGUUUGUGGAGCCAGUGGCCUAUGUGCACAUGGUCGAUCCAAGAAGUGAUUUUGUCGUUCCAGAGGCUGAGAAGCUAAAGAACUUAGAAAAGCAGGUGAGUGUAAAGCAGCAGUUCAGCCUGAAGAUCUUUAGAGACAUUUUGAAGCCUGCGGGCAUCAAGUUCAUUGCGGCAGGUGCGAUUGAUAGACAGAGAGCAAUAUCGUACACUGAAGACGACAUUGCUGAUCUUGUUGCCUUUGGCAGGUACUUCAUCUCGAACCCUGACUUAGUUGAGCGACUAAGGCACGACUGGCCUCUGAACAAGUACGAGAGGGACACAUUCUACUGGGCACCGGAGCCAGCACACGGAUACACCGAUUAUGAGUUCUACAAGGGGGAGGCUAAAUAG